AUGUGCAUUGGCAAGCGAAAGAGUAUAUAUCGAGUAAUUUUAUCGACGAAAAAUUCACAAAAAAAAACUAAAUCUAAUGAUUUCAGGAAAAUGCAGUAGUAACAAAAAAGGGCAGCAAAGGGAAUCAAUAUAAUAAUCAUCACAAUAAUGGAGGAAACAACGAUGCUCCGCUAGUACGCGGUUCAAAUGGUGGAAGUGGAGCUCAAAAUGGUGGAGAAAAUGGGCAACAAAGAACAAAAGAUGGAUUGGCAGCCAAUAUUGAUGAAAAUAAUAACAAUCCGAAUCAGAUUAAUAAUAAUAAUGCUCAAAGCCCUGCUGAUUAUAGACCAUCGAAGAAACGGAAUGAUUUGGGAAAAAGUCAGCAAAGUAAGUACAAUUAGACAGUUUCUGAAAAGUAGAAACUAUUUUUGAUUCAAAAAAAAAUCUAGAAACGGAAUUAUUUGGGCUCAAAAAUUAGCUCAGCAACUGCCUUUCACAGAUAAUAUUUCUUGUUACAGAAACUCCUUGUGAAGAUGAUACGUUGACAAAUGUGAGUUUGAUAGAAAAAAAAAUCAUUCUGAUAUAAACUGUUUUUUAGAUUCCCGAUGAAAUGCCCGAGAUGGAAUUGAACAGAGACAAAGGAGAACCAUUUUAUACUGAUGAUCAACUGCUUUGA